AAUAUAUUAUGGGAGUUGUGCCCUACUUCGCUCUUUUUCUUCUGCCGUUUCAUAUUGUGCCCCAGCAUUACAGUUAUCAUCAUUUAUGGCACGUGAGGUAGUCCGUGAUGAAGUACAAGCAUCCUAUUUGCUACUCGUGACAAAAGAGCAAGGUGCAAGGUGCAAUAGCGAGUGGGGUAUGGUGG